AUGGAUUCAUUAAGAAUUUACAUUGUGUCGUACAAUGUUGCCUGUAAACCACCAGAAGAAAAUCUCGAAGAACUUUUGGGUUUUGAAAAAUCAGAAGAAAACCUUCCAGAUUUUUAUAUUGUAGGUCUUCAAGAAGUCAAAGCCCAAUUAUACAAUAUAGUACUCGAUGCCUUGUUAGAUGAUCCAUGGACAAUUGCAUUUAAGCAAUUGAAAUCGAAAAAUUACAUAAAAUUAAAAACUGUUCGACUCCAGGGUUUAAUUUUAAGCAUAUAUUCAAAAAAAAAUCAUUUACUUAACGUGAGAGAUAUAGAAAUGCAAUACAUAAAAACGGGUCUCGGUGGAUUUUGGGGCAAUAAAGGUGGAGUUGCCAUAAGAAUGAACGUUUAUGGAGUUUCCGUAUGUGUCGUAAAUACGCAUUUGACACCACACGAUCAAAAUUUACAAGCCAGAAUAGAUGAUUACAACCAGAUAAUCAAUACUAUGAAUUUUGUUCGUCAAAAAGAAACGACUUCGAUAUUAUUUCACGAUUACGUGUUCUGGUUGGGAGACCACAAUUUUAGAAUAGACGAAGCAAUUAGCCAUGAAGAAAUAUUAGAUAAAAUCAAAGCGAAAAAAUUGGAUUGGUUAAAAAAUGUCGAUCAAUUGACGAGCGUGAGGAGAAACGGUCAAGCAUUUAGCGAAUUGAUAGAAGAACCUUUUAAUUUUCCUCCGACGUAUAAAUAUAUAUUUAAAACAUGCGAAUAUGAUCCCAAACGACGACCUGCUUGGACCGACAGAAUUUUAUACAAAGUAAAUGCAAACGCUUAUGAAAACAUUACUCUAAGCGCGAAUAUGAUAUCUUACAAAAGUUUUCCCAAUUACUUAGUCAGCGAUCAUAAACCUAUUGCCGGUGAAUUUAUUUUUAAAGUUUUCAGCGAUUAUUCCGAUCGUACAAUUGAAUUUAAUCCGGUGAAAACUUGGUACAUAAACGAAGAAAAUAUCGUUCAUUUCACAGCCGAAGAUAUACGAAUCUCAGAUUGGGACUGGAUCGGUGUCUAUAAACAUAAUUUUUGCGCACUCGAUGACUAUGUUUCAUUCGUUUACGUCAACACAGUGUCUACAACCGCAAGCGAAGGAUUAAAUUUAAAUAGCAUGAGAAGAAAAGAAAUCAAAUUUCCCGAUGGAAUGGUUAGAACGGAAGGAAAAUAUUGUUUGAUAUACAUGACGGCGGAUUCUGGUAGCGUUUUAGGAAUCAGUUUACCAUUCGAAGCUAAAUUUAAACCCGGUAAGCAAUUUUACGAAUGCUAA